AUGCGAGAGAGCUCCACUGAACAGCAGCUGUUGCGUGAAGUUCAAGAGCUGCGCAGUGAUCUGAAUGACAUACGCAGAAACUACUGCGAUGUCACACUGACCUCAAAAGUCCAGGAACACGGCAUAGACUCGCUGGAUAAUCUUCCGCGUCUACAAGCCGUGCACCAGUUAAAGGCGCACGCAGCAAGGGUGCACCAAAUCGCCUGGUCUCCCAAUGAUGACACCCUCAUGUCCGUUGGGGCAGAUUCCUUUCUCGGCAUUUGGGAUACCACCUGCGCGGACUGCACACCCGAUGUGGACAUUGUCUACUGCGGCGGUCUCUACGCCAAGGUGGAGGCCUUCAGUCUGAACCACCGUUCAGCAGAAGACGGUUACUCCGAGUACAUUGCCUCAGCCGUGUUUGAACACGAAGGUCGCAUCAACGCGGUAACCUGUCUGCAGGACAGGAGCCUCCUUACGGCGGCUGCCGUAGACGGC